CGUCCAACCAGACCACCCAUGGCGGCCGCUCUUUCUUUUUUAUUUUUUGUCCUCCCCUUUCUUCCCCUCUCGCUCUCUUCAUAAAGCCCUCUCCUACUCAUCCCCCCCUAAACAAAGCUCCCAUGACAACUCUAAUCCUCUCCGCCCUUCCGAUUUCGACCUCCACCUAUCCCUCCCUCUCCAAGAGCAGCGCCAAGAGCCCCAUUCUCCCUUCCAUCUCUUCUCUCUCGCUUCCCUCCAACCGCCGCAAGGCCAACCCCCUCGCGAGCUCUCUCCUCGGAGACCCUGGCCCUCUCUCUUCCCCCCGCGCGCCCACCACGCCUCUCUACCCGCGGCCUAGCCCUCGCUCCACCGCCGUCUUCUUCAGUCUCCCCACCGCGAAACCGGAGAGAGCUUCGACCGAGAAGAUCUCCAGGUGGUCGGCGAGGGCGAUAAAGUCCUUUAACAUGGCGGAACUGGAGGCAAGGAAGCUCAAAUACCCCAACACCGGGACGGAGGCUCUCCUCAUGGGUAUCCUCGUUGAGGGAACCAGUAAAGCAGCAAAUUUUCUACGUGCAAAUGGAAUUACCCUUUUCAAAGUUCGUGAGGAAACUGUGAAGUUGCUUGGAAAAUCUGACUUGUACUUUUUCAGUCCUGAGCAUCCACCAUUGACUGAACCAGCCCAAAGAGCGCUUGACUGGGCUGUUGAUGAGAAACUGAAAUCAGGUGAUGAUGGAGAGAUAACGACAACACAUUUGCUUUUGGGCAUAUGGUCAGAGAAAGAUUCGGCUGGUCACAAGAUAUUGGCUUCCCUAGGUUUUGAUGAUGAUAAAGCUAAUGAGCUGGCCAAGCGUGCCAAUGAGGAUGCGGUCAUGAACUAUAAAUAGAUGUGAAGCAAAAUUCCGUAAUGGCAUAUGGUUUUCAAAUUGGAUGCUCAAAGACCCUCCCAUUCAGCCAGCCAUUUUCUGGAAAAUUUCAUUGUCAAUCUGCUUACAAGGUGUAUCAUGGAUUUAGCCACCUAUACAGUGGUAGGGUGUGUUGAAGGAAUCUCCAUGCUCCCAGACUGGAAUUUUGUUUCUCAAUCCAACUUAUUAGGGCAUCUGCAAAGUGUAUGAUUCUGCAUCUAGUCCCCCGGUAUUGUUGUUGCCAGCCUCUCACAUUUGGCCCUUGCAUUGUUGAAGAUGAUAUUUUGUAAAUCAAAAUCCAAUAGCAUCUGGUUGUGGUUUGCUUCAAUCUUCAAUAUUCAUAUUGUCAUUGCUUUUUUAUGGCUUCUA